UGGCAAUUUGGAGACACAAUCCGCCUUUGUGCUACAUGGCGCAGGGUGGAAGCGAUGCCUUCAGCAGGAUCGACACAGAUGGCAGCGGAACUAUCACUCGUGAGGAGUUUGCCAAGGCGUUCGGAUCAAUGAGUCAAGUUGGCGGAGCCCAACCAUCUGCAUUCGGAUCCAUGAGUCAAGCUGGAGGAGCUCCACAAUCUGUUGCUCCAAUGGCUUCACAGAGCCUAUCGCCCAUGGCUGCAGCGGGGGCCAUGCAAUCGGGCAACGUGGCGAAGUACGGCCAAUCCCUUCCUGCCCCCCAGCAAAGCUUUGCUGGAAGUGAUGCCUUCAGCAAGCUAGAUGCAGAUCGCAGCGGAACUAUCUCUCGCGAGGAAUUUGCCAAGGCGUUUGGAUCAAUGAGUCAAAUUGGCGGAGCUCAACAAUCGGCGAUGUUGUCCUCGUCUCCUGCAGUUUCUCCUCCAAAGAGUGCUCCGGUGCAAACAUACGCGAUGCCGCGUAGCGGGAGUCCAUCUGGUUACGUUCCUGUGCAAGGAUCCAUGUCACAGGUUGCUCCAAUGGCUUCACAGAGCCUAUCGCCCAUGGCUGCAGCGGGGGCCAUGCAAUCGGGCAACGUGGCGACGUACGGCCAAUCCCUUCCUGCCCACCAACAAAGCUUUGCUGGAAGUGAUGCUUUCAGCAAGCUAGACGCGGAUGGCAGUGGAACUAUCUCCCGUGAGGAAUUUGCCAAGGCGUUCGGAUCAAUGAGUCAAAUUGGCGGAGCUCAACAACCGGCGAUGUUCUCCACAUCCUCCGCAGUUUCGCCUCCAAGCAGUGCACCGGUGCAAACAUACGCGAUGCCACCUAGCGGGAGUCCAUCUGGUUACGCGUUCGGAUCAAAGAGUCAAAUUGGCGGAGCUCAACAACCGGCGAUGUUCUCCACAUCCUCUGCAGUUUCGCCUCCAAGCAGUGCACCGGUGCAAACAUACGCGAUGCCACCUAGCGGGAGUCCAUCUGGUUACGUUCCUCUGCAAGGAUCCAUGUCGCAGGUUGCUCCAAUGUCUUCACAGAGCCUAUCGCCCAUGGCUGCACCAGGGGCCAUGCAAUCGGGCAACGUGGCGAAGUACGGCCAAUCACUUCCUGCCCCCCAACAAAGCUUUGCUGGAAGAGAUGCGUUCGGCAAGAUCGAUGCAGAUGGCAGCGGAACUAUCACUCGCGAGGAGUUUGGCAAGGUGUUCGGAUCAAUGAGUCAAGUUGGCGGUGCUCAACAACCGGCGUUCGGAUCAAUGAGUCAAAUUGGCGGAGCUCAACAACCGGCGUUCGGAUCAAUGAGUCAAAUUGGCGGAGCUCAACAACCGGCGUUCGGAUCAAUGAGUCAAAUCGGCGGAGCUCAACAACCGGCAAUGUUCUCCACAUCCUCCGCAGUUUCGCCUCCAAAGAGUGCACCGGUGCAAACAUACGCAAUGCCACCUAGUGGGAGUCCAUCCGGUUGUGUUCCUGUGCAAGGAUCCAUGACACAGGGUAACGUGAUGCCGUACGGCCAGUCGCUUCCUGCACAACCAAACUUUGCGCCUAUGCAAGGAUCCAUGGCACAGGUUCCGAUGUCCUCACAGAGCUUGUCUCCGAAAAUGACCCCUUCCGGGCCUGUUCCAACGGGGGCCCUCACGUCCUCCCCGGCUGCACCUCAGGUGGAGUACGAGGAGCAAGAGCUGGAACCAGAGUACGUGGAGAAAAUCGUUGAGGUGCCCAGAGUCCGGGUGGAUCAUGUGGAGAGGAUCGUUGAGGUGCCUGAGAUCCAGAUGGUGGACAGAAUCGUUGAGGUGCCCCAGAUCCAAGAGGUCAUGGAAGCCGACUCCAACUAUGCAGGAGCCUCGGGGUACUACGGCAGUGGGCGCGGAGGUCCUGGAGCUGAUGGCUAUGGCUCUGGCGGCUAUGGUUCCGGACGUGGCGGCUACGGCUACGGCCCUGGGGAUGAUGGCAGCUAUGGCUCAGGCGGUCCCGGUGGCUAUGGCGGUCCCGGUGGCUAUGGCGGCUGUGGCGGCUGUGGCGGCUGUGGCGGUCCUGGCGGCUGUGGCGGCUGUGGCGGCUGUGGCGGCUGUGGCGGCUCGGGUGGCUAUGGCUCUGGUGGCCAUGGGCCGGGCAGCGUUGCCUACACAGGAGGCGCUUUGGAUUUGGGCUCUUCGACUGGAAAAUAUCCCUACAUGGGAGAAGGCGGGUUCGGUGGAUUCGGUGGACCCGGUGGGUGUGGGGGAGACGGAGCCAAUGGCUUUGGCCCAGAUGGCCGCUUCGGGGAUGGCAGUGGAAUGAAUGGCUACGGUGGUGGCUGUGGCGGUGGCUACGGUAGUGGCUGUGGUGUUGGCUAUGGUGGUGGUGGUGGCUAUGGUGGCAAAGGCGGCAAAGGGGGCAAAGGCAAAGGCAGACCAGCCAAUCUGCCGGUGAAAGUGAUCACCAGGGAAGUGCCAAAGAUUGAGGUGAAGCAGGUUGAACGAGUCGUGGAGGUUCCGAACAUCGAGUACCAAGACAGACUUGUGGAAGUGCGAGAGGUGCGCGAAGUAGUGCGCCGAGUUCCGCGCGUUGAAGUUCGAGAGAUUCCCAUCGAGCGUGUCAUCCAGGUUCCCAAGAAGGUCGUGCAGGAGGUUGAACAACCCGUGUACAGACCGGUUCCACAUUUGGUCAGGCAGGAGGUCGAGCGAGAGAUCCCGGUGCCCACACCCUAUGUGCAGACGUUGGAGGUUGUGAAGCAGGUGGCGGUGCCGACCAACGAGGACGGUGUGGUGCUCCCCCCCAGCGCGGUGGCCCCUUCGAACGCGCCGGCACAGCCAGUUCUCAGUGGGCCAGUGGUCUCCAAGACCUACACCUUGCCCCCGGUGCCGUCACAGACGCCCGUUGGCCCUGGUCAGACGGGCCCUGGCGGCCCUGGCGGCGGCGGACCUGGCGGCCAGAUCGGCCCUGGAGGCGGCUCUGACCCUGGCAGCUUUGGCGGCGGCCCUGGCGGCUUUGGUCCUUGUGGCCCCGGCCCUGGCCAGAUGGGCCCUGGCGGCCCUGGCGGAUGUGGCGCCGGCCCUGGCGGCCCUGGUGGCCAGAUGGGCCCUGGUCACAUGGGGGCUGGUCAGAGAGGCCCUAGCCAGGCGAGCGAUCUCUUCGGUAGAGCCGAUGCAGAUGGCAGUGGGGCCAUCACCAGGGAGGAGUUUGCCAAGGCGUUUGGUGGUGGGACACCAACUGGCUUUGGUGGUGGGACACCAACUCGCUUUCCUAGUGGGACCCAGAUGGAUAUGGGUUCAGCAGUAUUCCCCUCGGGCGUUGGAGCUGGAGGUGGGAUGUACCAGUCGGGCCCAUACGGUAGUAUGCCGGCUGUCUCCUCCUCAUCUGUGCCUGCUCCGCCGGGAUCUAUGGGCUCCAUCAACGCAGGCGGCACCAUGACAUAUGGACCGCCACAGAGUGUGUCCAUGGGCUCGAUGAGCCUGGGCGCAAAUUUCGGACCUGCCUCCGGAGGGUAUGGGCCAACGCAGAGCGUCUCCAUGGGCUCCAUGGCAAUGGGCUUUGGACCACCCACUGCCCAGGGCUUUGCCCAGGGCAGCCAGGGCUUUGCAGGCGGCACCCAGUAUGGCAAUGCCCCAACUCCGCCUCAGCCAUCUAUGGCGCAGCGAGGUAGCUUUAGCGCUGCCAAUCCCUUUGCCACCAUGCAGCAGGGCAUGCAGCAGGGCAUGUCUGGCGCACCAGGCAGUGUCAUGAUGACGUAUGGAGGGUACGGAGGUGCUGCUACCCCACCGCAGGCACCGUCCUCCGGUGUCUUCACACAGACUCAAAGAUACUCAUCCGGUGGCCCUGUCUAUGGCAGCGGCAGAAUGGAUGCAGACGGUUCUGGAUCCCAGGCGCAGCGAGGUAGCUUUAGCGCUGCCAAUCCCUUUGCCACCAUGCAGCAGGGCAUGCAGCAGGGCAUGUCUGGCGCACCAGGCAGUGUCAUGAUGACGUAUGGAGGGUACGGAGGUGCUGCUACCCCACCGCAGGCACCGUCCUCCGGUGUCUUCACACAGACUCAAAGAUACUCAUCCGGUGGCCCUGUUUCUGCUGGGGACUUGUUCAGCAGACUCGACAGAGAUGGCAGCGGAACCAUCACCCGCGAGGAGUUUGAGCAGGCGAUGCGGUCAGGUAUUGUCCAGUCAACGCCCCAGCAGGUAGCUACAACUUGACUCGCUGGUUCGCUGGCCCCAGGGGCAAAGAGUCCCUUCGGCCAUGCUUCACAGCUUUGCACGAUGGCAUGAAGUCAUGCGAGAUUCGGCGCUGAGCAACUCAGUGGCUUGUAUCAAUCCUGGCGCGAUCGUUUGAGGACGUGAAGUCCGUUGUUAACUCUUAUCGCUUAGCGUAUGCGCUCCAGCGCGAA